AUGGAGCUGCGGAGGACGUCUUUUCCAUCCCGCCUUGACCCCGUCUGCUCCUGUGCAGAUGUCUUGGCAGAUGUCCUCCAGGAUAACGCCCCCACCCACGCCAAGUCCUUGGCGGCCCCCUCCAUGCUGGAACAGUCCCUGCGGCUGGGAGUCCAAAUCUCCUUGGAUUACUGGUGGACGAACCACGUCAUCUUGCGAGGCCUGGAUGAGAACAGCCCGGAGUACGUGGCCGCCGUGUCCAGGUGUCACCAGCGCUCGGCCGAGAGCAUCGUCUUCGGGGCCGUCCAAAACGGGGGCCUCUACAUCAAGCUGGGCCAAGGCCUGUGUUCCUUCCCCCACAUCCUGCCCCAGGAGUACGUGAACACGCUGCGCACUUUGGAGGACCGGGCGCUCAGGCGGGGAUACACGGAGGUGGACGACCUCUUUCUGGAGGACUUCAGCGCCAAAGCGGACCAGCUCUUCCUGGAGUUUGACUACCAGCCCAUCGCGGCCGCCAGCUUGGCCCAGGUGCACCGGGCUCGGCUUCACGACGGCACCCCGGUGGCCGUAAAGGUGCAGUACAUCGACUUGAGGGACCGGUUUGACGGGGACAUCCGCACCCUGGAGUUCCUGCUGUGGAUCGUGGAGCUGAUGCACCCCAGUUUUGGCUUCGGCUGGGUCUUGCAGGACCUGAAGGGGACCCUGGCCCAGGAGCUGGACUUUGAGAGCGAAGGCCGCAACGGGGAACGUUGUGCCCGGGAGCUGAAGCACUUCCAUUUUGUGGUAGUCCCUCGCAUUCACCGGGACAAAAGCAGCAAGCGGGUCCUGACUGCCGAUUUCUACGAAGCCUGCAAAAUUAACGACCUGGAGGGGCUCCUGAAGCAAGGCUUGAGCCCCAAGGACGCAGCGGAGAAGCUGAUCAAGGUGUUUGCCGAGCAGAUCUUCUUCACCGGAUUCAUCCAUGCAGACCCUCACCCCGGAAACGUGCUGGUUCAGAAGGGCCCAGACGGCAAAGCGCAGUUGGUUCUCCUGGAUCACGGCCUGUACGAGAUCCUUCACGAGAAGGAACGAGGAGCUUUGUGCAAGCUCUGGCGCGCCCUCAUCCUGCGGGACGACCCCUCCAUGCGGCUCUACUCCCAGCAGCUGGGCAUCAAAGCCCAGGAUUACUUCCUCUUCUGCGAGAUGCUGCUCCAGCGGCCCAUCAACAUGGCGGAGCUGGCCAUGUCCAACGUCCUGAACCAAGCGGAGACCGCCUACAUGCGGGACAUGGCUAAGCACGGCUUCGACCGCAUCAUGCGGGUGCUGAGGGACCUGCCCCGCUCCAUGCUGCUCGUCUUCCGGAACAUCAACACCGUCCGGAGCAUCAACCUGGCACUGGGGGCUCCCGUGGACCGCUACUACCUCAUGGCCAGAAGCGCGGUGAAAUGCUGGAGCCGCACGGUCAGCCAGAGGUCCGGUGUCUUGGCCAACUUCUUCCUCGUCCGGUGGGUCCGUGCUUUUUGGGACAGCCUUGUGUUCGAGUUCACUCUCAGGAUCCAGGUCACCUCCAUGAAGCUAACCAGGUCCUUGCUGCAACUCCUGGUUUACGUCGGCUUCUUGAAGACCAGCGAGGAGCAAGCGGAACUUUACAACCUACUCCAGGCCUGA